AUGGCGGACAAGGAAGCCACUGUGUAUAUUGUGGAUGUCGGAAAAUCUAUGGCCAAUUGUCACCAUGGUAGAUCUAUAUCAGACCUCGAGUGGGCGAUGCGCUAUGUCUGGGACAAGAUCACAACCACGGUUGCCACUGGCAGGAAAACCGCGAAUCUCGGAGUAAUUGGUCUCAAAACAGAUCGCUCUGACAAUCCAUUAUGGGAGAAAGAGGAAGAGAAAAGCUAUGCCAAUUUGACCGUUUUUCAAGACAUAAGCCAGAUUAAUAUGCCUCAAAUCCGCGAACUGCGUAAAGCGAUCAAAAUCAGCAAUACAACUGAAGGAGACGCAAUAUCAUCCCUUAUCUUGGCGAUUGAUAUGAUUGUACGAUACUGCAAGAAAUUGAAAUACAAAAGGAAAAUCGUCCUUGUUACGGAUGGAACAGGUGCUAUGGAUACGGAUGGGAUGGAGGGAAUUGUGAGCAAAAUAAACGAAGAAAGUAUUGAACUUGUCGUACUAGGAGUAGAUUUUGAUGACCCGGAGUAUGGGUUCAAAGAAGAAAAUAAGGAUCCAUUGAAGGCCGAGAAUGAGAAGCAUCUUAAGCAGCUCGUGGAGGAUUGCGAGGGUAGUUACGGUACUCUGGAACAUGCAAUAUCGGAGAUGGAGAUACCUCGAACCAAAGUUGUGAGGUCGAUGCCUACUUUCAAAGGUGAUUUAAGGCUUGGAGAUCCGGAGAAAUAUUCAUCUGCCUUAACUAUCCUGGUAGAAAGAUACUACCGAACGUAUGCUGCUCGCCCACCAGCUGCAAGUUCAUUUGUUCCCUCUUCUGUUCUUUCAGAAUCACACCAGGCUACUCGAUCAUCGGCUACUCUGGGGGGCGAGUCAGGAACGGGGGCUGCUUCGUUAACUUCUGUGAGGAAUGCUCGAACGUAUCAGGUUGAUGACAAAGAGGCUGCUGGGAGGAAACGAGACCUGGAGCGAGACGAGCUCGCUAAGGGAUACGAGUAUGGACGAACUGCCGUACACAUCACGGAGUCAGAUGAAAAUAUCACCAAAUUGGAAACAGAUGCUGCAUUAGAAUUUAUUGGAUUCAUCGCCAGCGACAACUAUGAGCGCUACAUGAAUAUGUCGACUUCAAAUAUUAUCAUCGCGCAAAAGACUAAUAAUAAAGCAAUACUUGCGCUUUCAUCGAUAAUCCACGCACUAUUCGAGCUUGAAUGCUACGCUGUUGCACGACUGGUUUCUAAGGCUGGCAAAGCUCCACUAGUCGUUCUCCUUGCGCCUUCAAUCGAGCCUAAUUACGAGUGUCUUCUUGAGCUACAGCUACCCUUUGCAGAAGAUGUGCGCCCAUAUCGCUUCCCCCCGUUGGAUGAGGUGGUCACUGUCUCGGGGAAGACGGUGACUGAACACCGGAAUCUCCCGAGCGUCAACCUUCUCUCAAGAAUGGCCGACUAUGUUGAUAAGAUGGAGCUUACUGAAAAGGAUGAAGAUGGAGAAAUUGUGGAGUCUUUGUCUAUUGAAAACUCAUUUUCGCCCCUCCUACAUCGUAUCGACCAGGCCAUCCGAUGGCGUGCGGUCCACCCCUCCGAUCCCCUUCCUCCGGUUCCUGAAGUCCUUCAGAGGUUAUCCCGUCAGCCAGAGGAGCUACAAGCUCAAAGCAAGAAAGAAUUAAAUAAGCUCGUAGAAGCUUCUGAUGUUAAGAAGGUACCACCCAAAGCCAAAGGUCGCAAACGAGUCAGAGACACAGAAAAGCCACUUUCAGGCUUAAACGUCGAAGAGCUUCUCCGGACGGAGAAACGUGUGAGGAUAUCCCCGGACAACUCCAUACCCGAAUUCAAGCAGUCCCUGGCGAAUUCUCAGAACCUUGAUACAGUCAAGGAUGCCGUUAAGCAGAUGUCCACCAUCAUAGAAAACCAAAUAAAGCAUAGCUUGGGCGAUGCCAACUAUGAUCGGGCCGUUGAAGGCUUGGGCACCAUGAAAGAAGAGCUGGUUUCCUUUGAGGAGCCUGGUCUAUAUAACGAUUUCAUCCGUAGCUUGAAAGCGAAACUGCUUGGGGGUGAACUCGGUGGAGAUAGGCGCGAGAUGUGGUGGCAUGUGAGGAAGAAUAGACUGGGGUUGAUUGAUAAGAAUCUCUCAGAAGUCUCUGAAGUGACGGUGGAAGAAGCUGGGAAUGUAAGUCACUGUUUCCCAUAUCGAAUUUUACAUUCCGGACAACCAUUAACAUCUUGA